AUGUCAAUUAAUUUCAACAAACUUUUUAUACAAGAUAUAUUAUCUCGAAGAGAAUCCUCACUGGCUCUUGAUUUAAGUGAAGAAGGCUUAAAGAUUACAGAAGAGUCUGAAUAUUCAGGAGAAGAAGAAGAGGAAGAUGAUGAUGAUGAAUAUAACAGUGAAGAUGAAAAAGAAGAGGACAAUAGCGAUUCAGACUUAUCAGUUGUCUCAAACUACUCUAGUGGUGAGAUGAAAACUAGUGUCAAUUAUAAAACUAGCCAUAAAACGCACUCAGGUCAGCGUUCACAAAAACUGAGGCUUAUAUCAGCACUGGAUAAUUUACGCCAAGCUGUAGAUAAGCAAGCAAAACUGCAAUCUAUGCUUAGUGACAAUCCACAUAAAGAUAUACUGCAAGAUCAGAAAAGCAUGAAACUGCGAACAGUAACAGAGAUUAAACAUAAUGUUGAUGAUAUUAAAGAACAAACUAUGUAUCCUUCUCAUCAUCAUUUACAACUUCCUCCACUGGUUGAUAAAUGUGAACCUAAAAGGUGCAUAGAAGUUGAACAAAAAGAAGAAACUUCAGAUUCUGUCAGCAAAUCUGAUCAGUCUAAAAUCAUACAUAGACAGCCGAAGAAACCGACUCAGUAUAACACAACAGAUAUAUCUGUGCCUGUUCUAGAUAAAGAAAAAGGAGAAGGUAUCAGUUCAAAUACGUGUUGUAUUUCUGAAAAUGGUGAAAUCGACACAUUAAAAGAAAUUUAUCAUGCUGAUGCAUUUAUUCAAGCUAAAUGGAGAGAACCACGUUUAGAUGGUAAAACGGAUGAGAGUCUUCGGAAAAUUGAUUUACAACGUUGCUGGAAUCCUUUAAUUCUAAUUGACAAUAUUUUAAGUGAAUCAAAGGAGCAACACUGGAUUAUGACAGAAAGAAAUGAAAAUGAUGAGAUUUAUAUUGUUGAACGUCGGCGUCUUAGAGGUGUAUUUCUUGAGACACUGGAAUUAAAUGAUUUCCCGCUGGAUGUUCAAGAUCUAACUAUCACUCUGACGUCUGAACGACCAGAAUCUGAAGUUGAACUAAUUCCAGAUAAGCUUGAGCCUUGUAGGAUAAAUUUACAAACGCUUGUUGAUCAGCAGGAAUGGAGGCUGCAUGAACACAUUGAAGUAACAAGACGUUCUGCAACUCAGGAGUACACACAUUCCAGUCAAAGCCAUCCUUGUGUAUCUGUCACCUGUCGAGCAGCACGUAGACCUGGUUAUUUCUACUGGAAUGUAUUUCUAAUUAUGUUCUUUAUUACUGGUUUAUCGUUUGCUACAUUCGCUGUACCACCGGAACGGCCUGAAAACAGGCUUCAACUGUCAUUCACACUAUUUCUUACUUCCGUAGCCUUUAAAUUUGUAAUCAAUCAGUCGUUACCGAAAAUUUCUUAUCUAACUUACAUGGAUAAAUACGUACUUAUGUCAUUGGCAAUAUUGUGCGUUGUUAGUGUAUGGCAUGCUGUGGUCACAUUAAUUCCAAGUGAUGCAGAAUUCGAACAACUUACAGCAAAGAACCUUUUAAAGUCAACUGAUCCUCAGUUUUCUUUUAUGAAACGUUAUAAAGAACUAACAUUUGUAAAUUCAAAUACGUUGAACAAAACAUCUGAAAUGACCGAUGCUUUAAAUGAAAUCAAUGUUCAUAAAAAUAUAACCUUGGUAGAGGAAAACAUGUCUUCCGAUCCCAGCCAUGUUACCACAUUGGAAAGUAAAGAAUCGAAUGAUGUUACAAAAUCAACUAAAUUAUCUCAACAAACAUGGAUUGCUCUAGCACUACAAUCAAAGAAUCGUGAACAGCAGAAAAGACGAUUAAUGAUGAGGAUUGAAAGAGAUGUGUUCGCCUCAUUCUGUGUACUAUAUGUACUUGCUCAUCUGACAUUCAUAUUUUGGUUAUAUUUUGAUGCAAGUAGACGUAGAAGAGAAAUGGUUGAACGUGACCGACUAUAUAAGGGAUUAAACAAUUUUAUUCUUGUUCAAUUUCUUUACAGAAGUGUAUGCAAGCUUCAAAAGCACUAUAAAGAUUUAACUCAAAGACCACCACAUUUAUCGUCUCCAGCACAUAUGUGA